UAUUUAUAAUUUGUUAUUUAUAUUUCAAAAAAUUGUUUUGACCAAAUAAAAGUGCAACGACUUAAAAAUAGAAAAUAGAGAACAAUGUAUAAACACCGAAGUGUUACGGGGUGCGUUUUCAUUUCCCCAAUGUGCAUAUCUGGGAAGUCGACGAUCUCGGUGGAGCUCUGCAACCAGUGUUUCACAUGGAGGAGAAGCUUAAAGAUAUCGGAAGUCCACCGGCAGCAACCUUCUCAACCCCGCAGAAGGCGGCGGAGGCUCCACCUGCGGACCAACCCACUUCUCGGAGAAGGGGCGGUGGUCAGAAGAGGAAGGCAAGCGCCUUAGGCAGCGGUGGAAGUUCGGCUCCUCCUUCUACUUCUUCGAAGCGCCAGGCUAGAGAAAAGAGUCCUGCGGUUCCCUUCCCUCCGAUCCACCACGGCCCGUGCACCAGAGCUCGACAGCUGCCCAGCAACACCGCAUCUGUGUCGUCUCCAUCAAACUCAGGUGUCAAAAGCGAGGCAAAUGCCGCGGCGCUUCCAACAGCAGGACCAGAAGAGGUUGAGAAGGCCGAGGAUGUGACAAUUGAAGCCAAGGAUGAUUUGGAGGCAAUUGAGGCAAAACUUGAAGCUGAAUUUGAAUUAAUUAGGUCUCGAGAUGCUAAUGCCCAUGUGGUUCCCAGUCAUGCUGGCUGGUUUUCUUGGAUAAAAAUUCAUUCAUUGGAGGAGAAAACAAUGCCAUCCUUCUUUAACGGGAAGUCCCCGGACAGGACCCCUGAAAUGUACAUGGAGAUACGUAACUGGAUCAUGAGGAAGUGUCACGCAGACCCCAACACUCGUAUUGAAUUGAAGGAUUUGUCCGAGCUCUCCACUGGCGUGUUGGAUGCAAGGCAAGAGGUGAUGGAAUUUCUGGACUACUGGGGCUUGAUCAAUUACCACCCUUUCCCUCAACCUGAUUCUGCUAUGAAUGUGGAUACUGAUGUAGAGAAAGCACAAAAGGCAGAUUCAUUGCUGGAUAAGUUGUUCCGGUUUGAGUCCGAGGAAACAUGGACACCAGUUGUCCCCAAGACGAACAUGGCUCCUCAAGCCCUGACAUCUGGACUAUUUUCCGAGUCUACUUUGAUGGAAGAAUUGGUGAAGUCUGAGGGACCUUCGGUUGAGUACCACUGUAACUCUUGCUCAGGCGAUUGCUCCCGAAAACGUUAUCAUUGUCAGAAGCAGGCUGAUUUUGAUUUAUGUACGGAAUGCUUCAACAACGGAAAAUUUGGGACUGAUAUGGCCCCCUCAGAUUUCAUCCUCAUGGAGCCUGCCGAGACUGGGGGUGCAAGCAGCGGAAAGUGGACCGAUCAGGAAACUCUCCUUCUUCUUGAAGCAUUAGAACUUUUCAAAGAUAACUGGAAUGAGAUCGCUGAGCAUGUUGCAACAAAGACAAAAGCACAGUGCAUCUUGCAUUUUGUUGAAAUGCCUAUAGAGGAUAUGUUCUUGGAUGAAGAUAACAAAAAUGAUAACAUUUUUGAUAUUGACGGCAUUUCUGUUAAUGAUGACUGUUCUGCUUCUAAAGGCAGCCUUGAGGGAACAGAGAAUAAGAAUGAUGGAAAUGAGAAUCAGCCUUCAUCACCCUCGAUUGUAACUUCAAAGCAGGAUGAUGUAAAUGAUUCAAAUGCUAAAGAACAAUAUGGGAAGAACUGUGCACUUGAAGCUCUUAGGGAAGCAUUUGUAGCUGUCGGCUAUUUUCCUUCACCUGGAGAACACGUUUCAUUUGCUGAAGCAGGCAAUCCUGUAAUGGCAUUGGCAGCUUUCCUAGUGAAGUUGGUGGAAUCUAAUGUAACUACUGCUUCAGUGCGUAAUUCUUUGAGAGCUGUUUCCGGCGAGCAAUUAGCUGCCAGGCACUGUUUUCUUUUAGAAGAUCCUUCUGAUGAAAAUAAAUCAUCUAACUCUGAUAGAGCUGUCACUGAACAGACUGAGCCCGAAGCACAGCAUGAAGAGCCUACCUCAGAAACUGGUAAUAUUGAUUUGUCUGUUGAACAGAGUAAUGAGAACAACCAUGUAAAAGAAAAUGACAAAAAGAGAGAAACCGUGGAGGAGAAGAAACAUAGAGAAUCAGGAGAGAGCAAUUCAAAUGGGUUCAGAGAAGAAACACUAUCUUCUCAUUGUGAACAUUUAAAAAAAAAUGAUGCCAGAAAGGAAACUGAUGGAAAGAUUGAUUCUCUUCAUGGAAAUGAAAGAGAUGAAGCAGAUAUGCAAAAGCAAGAAGCACCAAGUACUGCUGAUGGGUUAGAUUCUCUUAAAUUAAAAGCGGAUCCUCCUUCCAGUUCAUCAAAGGAAUGUGAUGCUGUUGCGUCAGCAGCCAUACCUUCUCAUACUCUAGACUCUCCAAAAGACGAGGAUAUGAUGCCUGGUAUAGAAAAGAGAGAGCCCGAAGAAUCCAUCUCGCUGGUUGAAAACAAAGAUAAACCAAAAGGUGAAGAAAAGGACAACGAGACUGUGAAGAAAGAUGCUUCGGAUGCCAAAAGCGAUUGCGAUAUAGUUAAGAUUAAGCGUGCUGCAGUCACUGCUUUGUCAGCUGCAGCAGUGAAAGCAAAGUUUCUUGCUGGUCAAGAAGAAGAUCAGAUUCGGAAACUUGCUACAUUUGUAAUAGAAAAACAGUUACAUAAGCUAGAGACGAAGUUAACUUUCUACGGUGAAAUGGAGAACACCUUGGGAAGAGUUAGAGAACAGUUAGAAAGGUCAAAACAGAAACUUUUCCACGAGAGAGCACAUAUAAUUGCAACCCGAUUAGGCAUGUCUGCAACUUCAAAUCGUCCUGUGUCACAGCCAAUGCAGCCUGCCAACAAGCCAGGACUGGCUUUUCCUGCAGCAGCACCUAGGCCUUUAACUGGCAUGAACUCUACAAGGCCGCCAAUUUCAAGACCCAUAGUGUCAUCAAUGGCUGCUCCUGUGUCAAUCAUGCCAACUGCAGUUGCAGGAAGUCCAGCACAGCCUCCAAACACUGAUAGUGUGUCAUCAGUUGGGAAUAAGUGAUCUCUUUUUGUUCAUUGAACCUUUAGCUUUCUAGAGACAACCUGGAGAACUUCCUCUGUAUCAAGUUUUGUGUGUUUCUUGACUUUACUUUCUUAUGAACGGCAGCUGGCCAGGAAAGUAUCUGCAGUGAAAUGCAACAACAUAUUUAGCCUGAACUCAUACAUACGCAUUAGCAGGUAACAGCUUACAUCCUUUUUUUUUGUUUGGAAUAGGCAAAAUCUUCUCUCACCGCUUAUAUGCCUAUUUUCAGCCUGACUUCCUUCAUGUAUUAAAGUCAUUUGUUCAUUGUAUGUAUGUGUCAGUAUCAUGUAAAACUAUAAGCUUUCUAAUGGACAUUUCUUAGAUAUUCAUAUUAGCAGAUGUCUUGGUACGUUGCCCUACUUUGUCAUCAUCAACUAUCAUAGGGGUUUUGGGAAAUUC